AUGAACCUCCACCUCAAGCUUAUCAGGACCAAGAAGUUCUUAAAGGUUUGGAACAGAGAGGUGUUUGGCAACAUCAUCCAGAACCUAAAGGAUGCAGAGCAGACAGUUCUUGAUGCACAGAUUCUAUAUGAUUCUGACCCGACCCCUGCACAUAGAGCCGAUUUCAGUAAAGUGUCUGCAGACCUCAUCAUCACGGCCAAGAUGGAGGAAGAAUUUUGGAGUCGAGUUUGGGGGGCAGGCACUGACAGAAGAGACAGAGAUCAGGAAGUCUGCGACAGCCUUCUUUCAGCAGCUUCUGACAUCGGGCGUGGGGGGGACCUUGCAGAGCCCGACUUAUCUCUUAUCCAUACACUUCCAGACUCAGUUGAUCAGGAGGCUCUAUGUUCGCCGCCGCAGGAUAAGGAGGUUAGAGAUGCUGUGUUUGGGAUCAGUGGUGAUAGUGUAUCCGGGCCGAAUGGGUUCACUUCAUUGUUCUUUCAGUCAUGUCGGGACACUGUUGGGAGGGAUGUGAUUGCAGCUGUGGGAGACUUCUUCAGUGGGGCGUUUAUGCCCCGAAGCUUCACGGCGACCAUGAUCGUCCUCAUUCCGAAGAAGCCUAACUCGGUCACUUGGGGAGAUUUUAGACCGAUCAGCCUCUGCAAUAUUACGAACAAGAUCAUCACAAAGAUCCUUGCCUCGAGACUUGCACCUCUACUACCCCUUGUCAUUGCACCGAAUCAGAGUGGGUUCAUCAAGGGCCGCCUGCUUAGCGACAAUGCUCUUCUGGCUCAAGAGUUGAUACAUGACCUGGUUUUGGAAACGAUGGGAUUCUCACAGACCUGGGUGAAUAUGAUCAGGAGAUGCAUCUCGUCAUGUUGGUUUUCUGUCCUGGUGAGCGGUGGCCCAGCAGGCUUCUUUCAGUCAUCCAGGGAGCUGAGGCAAGGAGACCCCUUAUCACCUUCCCUUUUUGUGUUGGCGGCAGACUACUUAUCGAGAUGUCUUUACAGAUUGAACAAAGGGGAUAGCGAGAUGGUCUAUAGAUGUCGGAAAAAGGCCCCUGUUAUCACUCACCUCUCCUAUGCGGAUGACAUCAUCAUUUUCUCGGGGGCACAUAGCGAGGCGGUGGAGAAGUUGGUUGGAUGCCUGGAUCACUACAUAGCCGUAUCUGGUCAGCUGGUGAACAAUGGGAAGACACACUUCUAUUUGGCGAAUGAGCACAUUGAGUUCGCUGACAUUGUGGAGGAGGUUGGAGGAUUUCAGAGAGGGGCAAUGCCUUUUACAUACCUUGGGGUGCCGAUUUUCCGAGGAGCGAGGAAGGCAGACCAUCUUUUGCCCCUUAGGCAGAGGCUGGUGGACAGGAUCCACAGCUGGUCCCACCUACAUCUUGCUUUUGGGGGUCGUUUGGCUCUGAUUAAGAGUACCCUGGCCGCCAUCCCGCUACACAUCUUACAAGUUAUGAACCCUCUGCUUGGAUUUCUAGACGAGUUGGAACAGAUAUUGGCUAGAUACUUUUGGGGCACAGUUGGAGAGAAGAGGAAGUUGCACUGGAUUUCUUGGAGACAGAUUUGCUUGCCUUGUGAUGAGGGUUGCUUGGAUAUCCGCCGCUUCAGGGAGGUGGCAGUGGCUUUUGGGUUCAAGCUGUGGUGGAGACUGCUAGCUCAGGACUCUCUCUGGGCCCAGUUCAUGACCCAGAAGUUUGGCGUACCUCUCGAUGUGAUAGACCAGAUCAAAGCCACGCCGAUCGAGUUAGGGGCGAAGGAUGUGAGGCGGUGGAGUCUGACUAGCCAUGGCGAGUUCUCUGUGACCUCAGCCUGGGAGAGCAUCCGGACUAGACUGCCGAAGAGGGAGAUUUUUGGUCUUAUUUGGAACCAAGGGUUGACUCCUACCAUGUCGGUGUUCAUUUGGAGGUUACUAUUUGGUAGGAUGCUGGUGGAUGAAAAGUUGCAGAGGAGGGGAAUUGAGUUAGCGUCUAGACAGCGUGUUCUGCGGUCGCUCAUGGUCCUAUGGCAUCCACCUGAUGCACCUUGGGUGAAGCUGAACACAGACGGGGCCUUCUCUACAUCGACACUGGCGGCGGGGGAGGGAGGACUGGUUCGUGGUUCUGAUGGAGGCCUUCUGCGGGCUUUUUGUGCUCCGAUAGCUGCAUCAUCGAGCUUUGAAGCGGAGCUUUUGGCUAUGAUUCGGGUUUUGAUGGAUCAGCUGGGAUAUCCUAACUUUCGUUUCCGACGUAGAGAUGUGGGUUGA